GCCUUGCGGCCGCGCUCCCCGCACACCGUACGGGCGCGUCGCUCAGUGUUCGAGACGCCGACCCGGCCGACGAGUAGAGUGACAGCGGCGGCAGGAGUCACCUCACGCGGCGUUACCAUUCCGAAUAACAACAACAACAUUAUGGCUCGUGCAGAGUGUGACUUUGAGUGACUUCACACAUCAAAUCGUGGAGUGGAACAGUUGUGGUGACGACGGCGACGUGCGCCUGCCGUGCCGUGGGAAGCGCUCGGCGCGCUGCUGAGCGACUGGAGCGCGCCCAGUGGGCACGGACGGCCGCUGGUCCCGAAGUGGCGUCGAGGAGGCCCGCUCAGGACCUGCCGGCACCUUGACCUGGGCUGACAUCGGGUCGGUCCACGAGGGCCGCGGGGCUCGCGCCCGUCAGUCACAACUGCGCCGCGCGGCUCGGCCGACGCCAUGCCGCUCGUGUUCGACUUCUCGCCGCCGCCCUCGCCGGGCUACUGCAUAUGCACGCCGCUGCCGCCAGCUGCGACGGUGACGGUGGCCACCACUGAGCCGGCCAUCCCCUUGGACCUGGUGGCGGACGGCGAGGACGCCGACGCGCGCCUGACCGCCGGCCUCUCCAGCCUGCCCGUGUCGGAGAGCGAGCGCCUGCAGUGCGACAGCUUCUUCCGCGGCCUCAAGACGCAGGUGUUCGUCUGCGGCUCCCUCACCAACCUCUACUUCGGGUCCACGGCGCAGGGCCAGGAGGGCGCCUGGGAGCUCCGCUACACGGGCAUCCCCGUCGUGCUGCUGGACACCGGCGAGGCGCGCGCGCGCAACAAGAGGCGCAUCCAGAUCCUCCUGGCGGAGCGCGGCUCGUGCUUCACGCUGUGGCAGGACACGAUCGACAACCUGUCGUCUUACAAGGAGGCGGGCCCCGCCUUCCACACCAUGUGCCUCUCCAGCGACCACACGACCCUGAUCGGGCUGAGCUUCGACUGCCCGCAGGCGGCGCAGCAGCUCUGGGACCACAUCGAGAGGCUCACGUUCUGCCCCGAGAACCUGGGCCUGUCCGGGCCGGGCGCGCGCGGCCGGGGCCGCAAGUCGCCCCGCAAGUCGCCCAAGCCCAAGCCCGUGGCGCUGCCCAGCAAGGCGCACAUCUCCCAGCCGUGCUGCUUCCAGCACGUGACCAGCGUCGAUCGCAAGGACCGCGACCGGUACUUCUCCCUGCAGACGUUGGUGCCGGCUCUGGCCGAGAUCGAGAAGGUCGCCCCCAACGUGUCGUAGGGCACGGCGAGCCCCACCCGCAUCUGUGAUAACAGCAACGUGUGCCCCUCGCACAUUUUGUUUGUCUUUUUACAUCCCGUUGAGUUUAUUUUUAUUAUCAUUACUAUUACUAUUAUUGUUUUUUUGUAACUUUUAUUGAUGAUGUUUCUUUAGUUUACCAUUUUAAGUUUUGAGAAAUGUUUGACCACUCUUCUUGUCCAGUACUUUGGGUGCCUGGCUGGAUUGCCAGGUUUCAAGCUCUAAAGUAUCAUGAUCAUUCAAUUGAUUGCAUGCCUAUCUGUUGAGGUAUGCUGCGUGUACAGUUUUUUGUCUGGUAAUUCCAAUAUUUGCAAUGUAAAGCCAUUGUGAGACUGUGUAGCUGUAGUUUAACAUACUCAUAGUUGUGUAGUUUUAGUAUUACUCUCUUCCAUGCCUUUUGAAAGCACUAGUCAUUUGUUUGAUGUGAAUAGACUUUUCGUGUAAUAUGUCUAAAUAUGAUUAAGGUGUAGGCACUGUUUCAGAUCUACCAGAUAAACACAACCUGACUGGCCUAAAUUCUACAAAGUUUAAAUAACUUAAUAAUUUAAAAUUUGAACUGCAAUCAAACUCCACUUAAACAAAUCUGUUGUGAACGCUCUAGAUCAUUAAAAUUUGCUUUUUUGCUUUACUACAAACAGUGAAUGAAAAGCUUUUCCUCAUAUCAGUACAUUAUUUAUUUCUAAAAUGUGUAAAUAUAAGUAUUUUAUUGUUCAAUUUUAAUUGAAGUCCCUUGUACUUCUUCUUUAUCUUAAUCCAUGUAGCUAAGUAAACUUUUAUUAAAAAAUGAAAUUGUCAAAACUUGAAAAUAAAAACAAAACAAAACGUAUAA